AUGACCGUCGAUCCUGCCAUAGAGGCGCUAUUUGGAUCGCCUCCAUCAGAUAUUGAUCUUGAUGCCACUUCUGUGGGAAACAACAACAGGGGUGUCAUAGCCAUGAUGUGCUUGGCUGCUGUUGCUGUGGUCACUCGCUUUCUUUGCCGGAUGAUAUUUCGGACCUCAAUUUUGGCCGAUGACUAUAUGUUUAUUGUUGCGCUUCUUUGUAUCGGCGCCACUGCUGGAAUCAGUGUUGCAGGUGGUAACUAUGGUGCUGACCACCAUGUCUGGUCACUGGCAAUUUCAAUAUCAGCCCUUGAGGAAACAUACUACAUGGCUUCUCUAUAUCUACCCCUACAUUUACGCCGACGCAUGCACAGCUACCAGGGUAUCAAUCCUCGUCUUCUAUCAUCGGAUAUUUUCGCCAUUCAAUUCUUGGAUGAAAUGGUCCAUCGCAUUUGGCUGGUUCCAGACUUUGAGCUACCCAAUCUAUCUCUGGAGAAUCAUGGCCUUGGAAGUUGCCUUGAUGUUGCCAAGUUCUUCAUUGCGGCUGGGAUUAUGAAUAUGCUGAAUGACUUUAUCCUUUUGCUUAUCCCGUUUCCUCGGAUUAUUAAACUGCAAAUGCCGUUGAGAAAAAAGGCAGCUAUCUGUUGUAUUAUGGCAGUGGGAUUCUUCGCCUGCAUUGCAAGUAUAAUUCGGAUCUGGGUUCUGUGGCAAUACACUGUAUCAGCCGAUGUAACCUACGCCACGGGCCCGCUUUUUAUCUGGUCGACAAUCGAGCCUGGCGUUGCCAUCAUAACUGCCUGUCUGCCUCACCUGGCACCGCUCUUCAAACUCGCCGCGCAAAAGAUAACAUCAUAUACCUCCGAGCACACUGAGGCUGGAAUGUCUGAAAAGCCCCAGAGACUAGGCAGUGGGUCUGGAAGGCCAGGAAAGUCCGGUAAUCGUGUACCAAACUUCGAUUUUGGCCUAAGUAGCCUGGGGACCUAA